GCAGGAGAAGGAGGUGGCAGAGAAGAUCAAGGAGAGCCUGGCAGUGACUGAGUAUGCCAAGCCAUCCAGUGCAUUGGUGCUGAGUGGUAUGUCCAGCAGUGUGGUGCAGUACACAGUGUUUGAAAUGCAGCUGUCCUUUACUGUGCUGGAUACAGAGGGUGCACCCACCAGUGACCUGGGCCACAAGAGUGAUCCCUGGCAGGUCACGGCAAGUCUCUUGGGAGGUCCGCCAGGUGCCAUCCUCAUGGGCACCACAACAGUUCCCAACAGGAAUGGCACUGCCAUCUUCACCAACCUGUCUGUCAGCAAGCCCGGGGAAGGCUACAACCUCACUUUCACCAUCACCUACCCCAGCUAUGCUCCAGCCCUCACCACCACCCUGGAGGAGACCUUCAGGCCAGACAUUUGUGGGCAAACUGCUGGCAAAGACUGCUGAGGGACACUUUGAGGUUAUCCAGAGGUAUGCCAAGCUGUAUGUACCAGAUGAGGCCGUGUCAAUGCUCACCUUUGAGAACGUCAUAUUUGAGGCGCCAGACGUGAGACAGCAACUCAUAGCCAAGGUUGCUGUCGUCUCCGCUAGCUGGACUGGUGGUGUAUCCCUCACAUCUGGUCAUCAAGGAGUACCCCAUGGUCAAGUCCUUGCACACCGAUCCGUUCUGAUGGAAGCAGUUGGAGGGUGUGGAGGAUGUGGAUGGCCAAGGAAAUCCAUCUCAAAUACCCAGAGAUCCUCCAUGCCGCUCACCCCUUCUUCCUCUCCCUCAAGUUUGUGGGUGCUGGUGGCUCUCUCCUGGAUGGAGCAGUUUUCGUGGAUCUAUUUACCUGAGAACAACUUGUCAACAAUUCCUGUGGAUGUCGUCAUCAGCAAGGUCAGUGUUAGAUACCAACUUGCUGCUCAGGUGUCUGUUGUACCUGCUGGUUGGCAUCUCCACUUUGUCUCUCCUGGUGCUGACAGAUUAGCAGCAGGAGUGGGAACUGCAGUGGCUGUAACUCAUAUGACUUCACUGGUACCAAUCCAGACCACCUGGCUUCCCCAGGGACAGGCUUGUGUCACCCUGACCUUACCUCUACCUAUACAUCUACCACUGCACUACAUUUGGAAUCUGGUUGAGUACAUGUACUCAGACCCAAGCCUGAUGUGCUUGGUGGUGUAUCCUGAAAAUUUGGAGAUCCAGGAGAACUCUGUCACCAAGAACGUGCAAAUGAAUGUCAUUGGGUGGCUGAUGGCAGCUCCUCAAGUGAACCCAGAGAUCACUGGGCUAAAGUACAGCAAGAUGAGUGCCUUGGAGAAGCUGUGCCUUGAGUUGAAGGCUGCAGUCACCAUCAGAAAAGAGCAAAGCUGCAACAAGUCAUCCAAGUACUUUGUCAAGAAGGUUUAUGUUGAAGGCAACCUCCUGCACUGCUCUCAGGAGAACAGUGGGACUCAUGACCGCCUCCAAGACCCACAGAGGAUUGGAAGGCAUAAAUUCAAUCUUGGAUAACUAGACAUUUAAAACUGGUGACUCCACUUGUCAGAUUGUAGGUGGGAAAGUUUUAGGGUUGAUUGAUGGGAACAUUGUUGAUCUAAAUUCUUUUUUGGUAAAGUACUGUAAAUCAUUUGCAUGUGAAGUUUCAAAUGGAUGAAAUAGCAUGAAUGGUAUUGUAGUUGAAUUGUUCUUUGUAGCUGGAAAAAAAAAUUAGGGUCAAUUGAUGGGAAAACUAUUGUUCAAAAUCCUUUUAUUGUAAACUAGAUCAUGUACAUAGUUGUGAAAUUUUUUUUGGAAAUGAAAUAGCAUGAAUGAUGAUGAUGUUUGUGUUGUACUAUGGGUAAACCAUUGGAAAAAAUGUAGUAGUUAUGAACAAAAUUGGAUUAACUAAACAUCACUGAGGUUGUAGUUGUGAAAUUUUGGUGUAAAUUAAUGUAAACAAUGAAAUACUUAAUCAUUAAAGUUUUAAUCUUAUAUUAGGAGUCAUUGGAAAUUAGCUAAAAUAAACACCCUUAUAUCAUCUUAACCCUAUAAUGACUAACCAACUUUCCUCUCAAAUCAUAGCAUAGUUUUAACACAAGUAAACAGUGCACAGCUUUGCCAAAUGUUGUCAUAAAUCUGUGUUGGAAAUAUAGUCUUCAUCAAGCAUUA